CAACACAAACUUCAAAUCUCUAAUAUUAUUUAAGCCCACAUUCUUUUUCCACAUUCUUCAUUAACUUUAGAGCGAAAAUGACAAAAGGAUUAUUUGAUUCUCUUGUGCAUGUAUACCUGGUCUCCUUUCCGAGGCAAGGCCACGUCAACCCUCUCCUGAGGCGCAAGCGCUUAGCCACAAAAGGUCUGCUGGUCACCAUUUGCACGCCGGAAAGCUGGGCAAAACAAAUGAGUCUUGCCAGCGAUAUAGUCCCGGGUAAGCCGUCCCUAAACUGGGUGCGGCUCGAGUCCUUCGAAGACCAGUGGGCCGAGGACGAGCCACGUCGCCAAGACUUGGACCAGUGUCUUCCCCAGCUAGAAUCCGUUGGAAAGAGAGUCCUCCCUGUCAUCAUCAAGAACCAACACCCUCCGGUGUCUUGCCUCAUCAACAACCCCUUUAUUCCAUGGGUUUCCGACGUGGCGGAGUCCCUCCGCCUCCCUUCCGCCAUGCUCUGGGUUCAAUCCUGCGCAUGCUUCUCCGCUUACUACCAUUACUACCACAAAUUGGUGCCGUUUCCGUCCGAAACCGACCUAGAGCUCGACGUUCACUUACCCUGCAUGCCGUUGCUGAAGUCCGACGAAAUUCCCAGUUUUCUGCACCCUAAUACUCCUGAACCUUUUCUGAGAAGGGCCAUCCUGGGACAGUAUAGGAACUUGGAGUUGGAGAAACCGUUUUGCGUUCUCAUAGACACAUUUAUGGAGUUGGAGCACGAGAAUGUUGACUUCAUGUCUAAGAUCCGACCUAUCAAGACGGUGGGACCGUUAGUUUUCAGUAACCCCAAGGCAGCCAACAACGCCGCCGUGAAGGGUGGCUUGCUAAAGGCUGAUGACUGUAUCAUCCAGUGGCUCGACACAAAGCCAACGUCCUCGGUGGUUUACGUGUCUUUCGGCAGCGUGGUGUAUUUGAAGCAGAAGCAGGUGGAUGAGAUCGCUUACGGUCUUUUGGAUUCAGGAGUUUCUUUUCUUCGGGUGAUGAAGCCGCCGCACAAAGAUUCUGAGCUCAAGAUUCACGUGCUGCCGGAGGGAAUGUUGGAAAAGGCGGGAAACAAUGGUAAGAUAGUGUGGUGGAGUCCCCAGAAGCAAGUCCUGGAGCAGUCCUCUGUGGCGUGCUUCGUCACCCACUGUGGGUGGAACUCAUCCAUGGAGACCAUGGGCUCCGGGAUGCCCCUUGUGGCAUUUCCGCAGUGGGGCGACCAAGUCACGAAUUCUAAAUAUUUAGUGGAUGUGUUUAAAGUUGCGGUUAGAAUGUGUAGGGGCCAAGCUGCCAACGAGUUGAUUAAAAGAGAAGAGGUUAAGUGUUGUUUAUUAGAGGCAACGGUUGGCACCAAGGCAAAGGAGAUUAAGGAGAAUGUUUUGAAGUUGAAGGCAGCUGCAGAAGCCGCUGUGGCGGAAUGUGGAUCUUCUGACCGGAAUAUCCAAGAAUUUGUGGAUGAAGUUAGAAAGAGAAGUUUGGAAAUAAUUAAGAUAAGCAGCAAUAAUAAUAAUAAUAAUAAGUCAGCCAAAGUGAAAAUUCACAUGAAAUCAUAUAAUUAUCUUCAUCUAAAGUUGAUAGCAAAUAGUCAUGAGAUAAAUUGA